AUGGAAAAUAUCAGUAAGAAAUUCUUCAUUAGUGCUCAAUUUUUCAUCACCAAUCAUCUAUCAUACAAUAUCUGGACAUCCUAUAGACAUUUUAUUAGUACACCCGAGAUUUCCUUGUUAAUUUUCAGAGUUUCAGAAAAGAUAGAGAUUCAAGGGCAUUUGAGUAAACAUGAGAUUGAAAUUCUUUAUGCUUUCACCAACUCGGCCACAGAUUCGAUAUCUGAGAAGUGCAAGGUGAUUGAAAAAGAUAAUACGCUGUUUAUUAACUCACUCAUGUCCUUCGUCCUAAAAGCUAAAUGA